AAAAAGUUGGCUGAGUGACGACAAUUGAGAGCUUUCGCGUCGCCAAUUCCGACCCUGCAGACCAUCGUGCAAGUGAACCCGACAACCUCCACGAGGGAAGCAUAGAACCAUUAUAUGCGGUGAAGGGUCCUUCGACCGCGAUGCCUCCCGCGAUGCAGACUCGAGUACCCUCGACAAACCUGCUCCGAUUCCUGCGGUCGCAAACGGAGGCCUCAAUCUUCAGCAGCCGGAACCAAGGCAUCGAAACCGCCGCUUGUAUCUCCCGAUGCGGCGGCUCCCCUCGACCAGCAGCUCAAAACUCCCGGUGCCUCGCGAGGCGCACUCCAAAGACGGGCACGAGAUCCCUCUCGACAGCGACGACGACGACGACGACGACAAGCUGUAGACGACCCGAGCUCCACGUCACCGCCGCGGCCCGGAUAUCCCGCAGGCCAAGAGCUCUCGAACCACUAGCGACAGCAGCAUCGGCGUCGCCCUCUACGGCCACCGCCUUCUUCAGCACAACCCGCGCGAGGCAAGAUGCCUGCGACGACGACCCAUCGGCGCCCCGCCGGCGGACCUGGAAGGAGAAGCUCUGGGGCAUCAGGAGCUGGGGCGGCGCCAAGGCGCUGAAGCCCAACGACCUCCCCUUCCACGACGAAGGGGGCUCCAUGUUCAACAAUCGCCGCGUGCUGACUGCCAAAGCCGCGCUCGAGCCGAGGCUGCGGUGCACAGAGGUGGACGAGAACGGCGAGGUCAUCUUGGUGGAUGGCGAGUUCAAGAAGACGGAGCUCAUCGCAAAGUACGGCCUGCUACCCCGCGACUUACGAAAGAUUGACUCGUCAAACCUCCCUCACAUCUUUGUCCGCCAGUCCGCCAUCCUCCUCAACCUCCUCCAUCUUAAAGUCCUUAUAAAAAAGGACCGCGUCCUCCUCUUCGACGUCUACGGCUCAAAGACAUCCUACCCGCAGUCCGCCUUCAUGUACGACCUGCAGGGCAAGCUGAAGCAAAAGAACGUCCAGGGCGGCGGCGGCAACGGCGUAGGCGGCCUCCCCUACGAGUUCCGCGCUCUCGAGGCCGUCCUCACCUCCGUGACGUCGGAGCUCGAGGCCGACUUCGAGUCCGUCCGGGACCCCGUCAUCCGCGUCCUCAGCGAGCUCGAGCACGAUAUCGACCGCCACAAGCUGCGCGUCCUCCUCAUCCUCUCCAAGCGCGUCAGCACCUUUGAGCAAAAGGCCAAGCUGGUCCGCGACGCCAUUGAGGAGCUGCUCGAGGCCGACGACGACCUGGCUGCCAUGUACCUCACCGAGAAGGCCCACGACCUCUACCGCGGCGUUGACGACCAUACCGAGGUGGAGCUGCUGCUGGAAUCGUACAAUAAGCUCUGCGACGAAAUCGUCCAGGAGGCUCAGAACUUGGUGUCGGGCAUCCGCAACACCGAGGAGAUCAUCCGCGCAAUCCUAGACGCCAACCGCAACGCCCUCAUGCUCCUAGACCUCCGCUUCAGCGUCGGCACCCUAGGCCUAGCAAUGGGCACCUUCCUCGCGGGCCUCUACGGCAUGAACCUCGAAAACUUCAUCGAGGAGACCAACUGGGGCUUCGCCGGCGUCACAAUCACCUCGACAAUCUGCUCCCUCAUCGUCUGCUGGUACGGCCUCGUCAAGCUCCGCAAGGUCCAGCGCGUCAAAAUGAUGUUUGACGAGCGCGGACCCUUGACGCGCAACACUCGCUCCCUGCUGUCGUCGUCGUCGUCUUCGUCUUCUUCCUCGACAUCGUCGCAUGCUCAGCAGCAGGCCGUCGGUCAACAGCAUUGGUUCCAGGACGACGGGCCGGGGAGCCAGCUGGACGCGAGGAACCGCGAAAAGAUUCGUCGCGUGACGAAUCAAAAGGCUGCCGCGGCGGCGAAUGCCAAGAGCACGACCAAGAAAUGGUUCCAGUGAGCUAAGCCUUGGUAGCGACAAAGGAAGAAAAGAAACGGAUUCCAACGGGCAGGGCAUGAAACAGAGGUAAACUAACGAACAUCGCCUUCCUAUGGGCUGCUUCCUACAUGCCUCUUGCGUGUCAGCCUUAAGCGCGGCGGUCGCGUCUUUCUCCAGAGCAGGGAAAGAACGAAAAAUCACAUGAACCUUUCAUCAGUGAAAGGUAGACCGUUCAAGGAUUCGAAGGCUUGGUGCGAAAAAACACUCUAAAAAAAACCUUUAUCCUAGGAACGGACUAUACGACGGCGGCGGCGUUUCCGGAAGCAGGCGCAAGGCGCAGAGGAAAGGAAAAAAAGAGUUAUACGAGCGUCAACGAGCAACAUGUCCUCGAACGACCUGGCUUCAUUCCUUUUUCCCCCUCUCUUCCUUGUUUAAUUACCAUUCGUAAUUCUGUACAACACAUGCGGCUUGUAUGUUGUCAAAGGUUUCUUUCCUCCACACGGGAGACAAACCACCAUCUUCUCAGCUCAUUAGAAGGAGAGAGAGAGUCUGUAAAUACUCCGUUGCGCGGCUAGAAAACACCCCUGUACCAACAGAAUAGUAACUAUACCCAACACAACCCCCAAUAGAUUCCAUAGACAAAAACGGACUUUUCCAAUCCAAAGAGAUUCGAUGGCGUUUCCUGGAUGCAGUCUUCAUCGAGGGAUCGAUCCCACUGUUGUUGUCGGUUUCUGUAUCAUCGAGACCUGUCAAUUCCUAGCCGCCUAUCCGAACUUUUGUUCGAUUGUACGAAGCACUACAGCUGAUAGCUUGCAGCAAGGUACUGCCCGCCUCUCUCUCAACAGGCACUUGGAUAUGGCGCCCGCAAGUGAUCGAAGCAGCAUCACCAAUGCCCGGUGGCGGCUUUAAACUUUCCUCAGCCUUUUCCCAUUCCAUCGAGAUGGGGCGGGCGAACAGAAGGCACCCAGACUUGAGGAAAGCCGGUGAUUGCACAAAGACGCUAGGGUUUAACGCUUUCCUUUGAUCGGCUGGAACAAGAAAGAGCGUCGACCGGAAACGUUCAAAGUCGGGUUCCCAACCGGCAUCGGUUCGAUGGUACUUACCCACCCAAGCCACCUAUCUGCACUUGACGGCAGAAGCAGGGUGACGAGCCGAUGAAGAAAUGAGAAACCUCAAACGACUUUGUCUAUUGGCAUCAGAGAGCCCGCUGCUGCAGAUGAGAAGUUACUCCCCCCUUCUCUUGCGGUUCUAGGCCAGCCAAAGUUCCGUAUGGCAUGUCCGAGCGAAUCAGCCCAAUAUCAGUACGGCUGCCACGAGGGGAUGCGCUGGUCCGCGAAGCUUUGGCAGGUAAGCCGCUACUGCUAGCCGCAUCAAGAGGCUAGCUGGACCUCAAAUCGAGAAACGGCGUGGAGGGUCAGAGCUCCCUCAACCAGAUCACAGUGACGAGAGUCUGAUGUGCUGCUGCUCUCAGCUGUUGAAGGACGGGCUCGGGAGUCUGUGACUGCUUCUAGGUGCAUUGGGCAGACAAGGGCUGCUGGGGCCACCCUUACCCCGGCUUUCGUGGAAGGCGUACGGUGUUAUGUAGACGACUGACUCGAGCGUAGGGUGGCAUUGCAUUCCGGUGUGGUGUUUGCUAGCAAACGGCCUGAGAGGAAGCCAUAAAGUACUGCCACGUUGUGAAAAGCGGUGUACUUCGAGACCUUGAUAGCUUUCCUUGAUCAAAGUUGGGUACCAUGUCAUCUCUGGCAGAGACCUACUCCUGGAUGGUGGAAGAGCCCUGUUGGGAUGGGCAUCGAUGACGAGGAGUAAUCUCUAGUGAGAGAGCCUCUUCUUAUGAGAUGUGCCCCCCGCUUCAGGUCUCAAGAGUAGAUAUUCGCCGUGCCGCUUACCCAGGACCGAAAUACGUAAUGCCGUGGUCAAUGGCGGCCAUGCCUCUCGAUGUGCGGUGACGAAUAGUAUGCAGGAGGCGAAUGAUCUCGACAAGUAAGCGAUGGGGAGGAGGACAAUGUCAUGGCUUUACCUGAUUCUCGAUGUUGCUGCGGGCACGAAGAAGGGCCUCUGCAGCCUAUACAUCUCCAUUGGUUUCUUCGCGAGUCGUUUGCAGUAGCAGGGUUGGCGGUAUUCUUCGCCCUCUACGAACUUUUCGAGGAUGAUAAAAAGGCCGAAAGGAGAGUGUAUUUCUCAUUGCGAUGAUUUGACCGGAACGGCCUUGCUGAAUUUGGAACAUGGUUCGGGAAUCGCACUGAACGACCACUAGUUAAAGGGGAAAUGGCUAGGAAGCUUGGGUGGUGAGUAAUCCUCAUUCCAGGCCAUGGUCACUAUCGCUGGAGUGCAAAGAUUAAGGUGUAGCUCUUCCUUUUGCUUUUUGCUCAAUGUCCUUUUCCCUCCCAUUCUUUGUUGGUUUCUUUUUCUGUUCGCGGUGAGGAAAACCAACCGUUGCCAACUUGAGACAUCUAAAGGUACCUGUUCUCAGCCACCAACCCUUAUUUUUCGAUGUAAGCAGCAUUUCCUUUGGCGCCUGCGCGUUUAGAUGAGGUGAUUGCGAGUGUAGUAGAUCUAGAUCUCAUGGUGAACGUGAAUGAUCUCCGGCAGCCCGGGUAUGACUCCGGCGUUGGACGGCGCAAUGUGGGGCCGGUGCGGUGCAGUACUCGGUGCUAAAGUAAGUGCCGCAUGUAGCGGGAACUCGGACUCGAGUUAUUAAUGCGGGGGAAUCGGGGAAAGGGGCAAGAGAGCCAUGUAGCAGCAUGCUUCCCGAGUGCAAUUAGAGUUGUGGAGGAGAAUCUCGAUUGGAGCUCCUCCAACACGGUUGAGAACCCGUCGGCGAGUCAAGGCGGUCGCCUUGAGGGGACAUUGGAGGUAUCUUUGGAGUCAUGAGUAACUUUGGCCCUGUCAAUGGAGCUGUGCGAAGCUCAGACCAUCGGCCGACCUUAUUAUCGACCUUGAAUGUCACGGACGUUUCCAAAGCUUAAGUGGCGAGCAGGCAAGGGCUCAUAGUUUCGCAUAUACUGCUAAUGUAGUUGUUGGAGACGCGAAUUUUGGCAUUGUGGGCGUCAAGGUCGUCUCGGGGCUGAGUGUUGAAGUUCAGGAUGCAGUUGUCAGACACCCAUAUUCGGGGUUGGAUGGUGCCAUGCCAUGGGCGUAGCUGACAUGAAUGUUGAGCGUUUGCUUCCUCAGGAAGACUGAUUUCCAUCAGCCCUGGGCCCUCAGCCUUUGGGAAUAUUGUUAGCGCAUGCAGAAAUCGGCAGCGCGGGGAGGUAGAAGGCCAUUGUAAGUGGGAAACGAAACCACGCGUUGACGGAGCCUCUCAAAGCCUCAUCCUGGUCGGCGGGGAGGGAUGGGGUUCUUGGAGAAAGUGGGCUGAUAUAUGCCUGCGUACUCGGUACGGGUACCAUGAGGACGGAAGGCUUCCGGUGUUUCCUUCAACCGGCCAAAGCUCACGAUGCGUUGCGAAUUGUUGCGGCAAGCUGCAUCAGGAUUGACUCUCGGGUUCGGCAAAUCUAGUGCUGCAUACGACGGAUACUAGGGAUUAUGACUGGAUGCCAACGGUGUCUGAGAUGGAGGAAAACGGCCGGCGCUCGAGAGGGUGCUGGAGAAUGAGCGUGGCUUUCCCCGUUCGCACAUGCAGGAAAGUCGGAUCUGUGAUGAAGGCCGGAGAACUUGGAGACCUAGGUUUGCCGUCAGUACCAACAGGCCAACCAAGCACAGAGCUUAUCAUUAGCGAUGGCAGGGAAAGGGGGAACAAUAAGCCCUAGGUGCCUAGGAGAAGGCAGAUAGCACGUAUUGCAAACGAAUGAGAUGCAUUUCCGAAUGUAGCUUUGCCUUGAUCGAGGCUGCUUCAAAGGCUUGUAUCCAGGGACGGUUUCGUUUGUUCACCGCCAGGCGCCAACGUUGUACAAUAACAGUGUGGCACGUCGACGUGCCACAUGGGUAGAGGCUGUAGGAUGGCAGUUGGUCAAGGGAGCGACAAUGACGAAGAAGCCGAGGAAUCGUGUUAUCAGCAGGGUUCCGUCUGUGGUAGUCAAGUUUGUGACAUUGUCCAAGUCAGUUGGCCCACCACUGGGCGGCUAAGGUCCAUCUACCGCCUGUCUAUCGAGGAGACUUUGCAAGGUGUGAGGGGUUGCUGGCGGCGUUUGCGGUUUGCAAAGUCCAUGGUCAAAAGUGAGUUGGAGAUUGUGGUUUGACUGGGGGGAAGGUUCCUGAGGUAGAGUUGUCCUCGUUGAAGUCCAAGCUGAUCAACGUGGAAGCAUGAGACGCAAAUCUGCCUCCGGUCAGAAAGUAUUUUGCGGCAGGUUCACACUGGAACGGCAGGCGGCGCAGGUCAGGCGCACGGGAUGUGUUGUAUGUACCUACUCCGUACCCAAGACGGGUUUGGGAAAGGGAAGGCGCAAGGGCGCUCUUUCCCUUCUCCAGGUUCUCCACUGGGGAUCCAAUGGAUGCUGGUGCAGGUGCCCGGGGUGGGACGGGACUCGGUACGUAUCUGUCCGUGGCGGCGGCACCGGCGGGGCCCUCUAAAGUUGUAAGGCAAGGGAAGGAGGGAUUGGUCGUAAGGUGCCUGCCAACUGUGGCGGCUGCUGCUGCUACAUCUUACCCAAGGCAGAUUUGUACUGAAGAAUUCCC